AUGAAGCUCUUGUGGCAGGUAACUGUGCACCACCUGCGCCGCCACCGCCGCCACCGCACCUGGCCGGGGCUCCUGGCCGCCUCCCUGACCCUGCACGCCUGGCUCCUGGCCGCGGCCGCCGCCUCGCCCGGCCCCCAGAGCUGCCCCUCCGUCUGCUCCUGCAGUAACCAGUUCAGCAAGGUGGUGUGCACCCGCCGCGGCCUGGCCGAGGUGCCCCCCGGCAUCCCCUCCAACACCCGCUAUCUCAACCUCAUGGAGAACAACAUCCAGAUGAUCCAGGCGGACACCUUCCGCCACCUGCACCACCUGGAGGUGCUGCAGCUGGGCAGGAACGCCAUCCGGCAGAUCGAGGUGGGCGCCUUCAACGGCCUGGCCAGCCUCAACACCCUGGAGCUCUUCGACAACUGGCUGACGGUGAUCCCCAGCGGCGCCUUCGAGUACCUGUCCAAGCUGCGGGAGCUGUGGCUGCGCAACAACCCCAUCGAGAGCAUCCCCAGCUACGCCUUCAACCGCGUGCCCUCGCUCAUGCGCCUCGACCUGGGCGAGCUCAAGAAGCUCGAGUACAUCUCCGAGGGCGCCUUCGAGGGCUUGUACAACCUCAAGUACCUCAACCUGGGGAUGUGCAACAUUAAGGACAUGCCCAACCUGACGCCCUUGGUGGGCCUGGAGGAGCUGGAGAUGUCGGGCAACAACUUCCCCGAGAUCAAACCGGGCUCCUUCCACGGGCUCAAAUCCCUCAAAAAGCUCUGGAUCAUGAACUCGCAGAUCAACCUGAUCGAGCGCAACGCCUUCGACGACCUGACGGCGCUGGUGGAGCUCAACCUGGCCCACAACAACCUGUCCUCGCUGCCCCACGACCUGUUCGCCCCGCUGCGCUACCUGGUGGAGCUGCACCUGCACCACAACCCCUGGGACUGCGACUGCGACAUCCUCUGGCUGUCGUGGUGGCUGCGGGAGUACAUCCCCACCAACUCCACCUGCUGCGGCCGCUGCCACGCCCCGCUGCACAUGCGGGGCCGCUUCCUGGUGGAGGUGGACCAGACCUCCUUCCAGUGCUCGGCGCCCUUCAUCAUGGACGCGCCCGCGGACCUCAACAUCUCGGAGGGGCGCGUGGCCGAGCUGCGCUGCCGGACGCCGUCCAUGUCGUCGGUGCGGUGGCUGCUGCCCAACGGGACGGUGCUGAGCCACGCCUCGAGCCACCCGCGCCUGGCCGUGCUCAACGACGGCACCCUCAACUUCUCGCACGUGCUGCUGGCCGACACCGGCCUCUACACCUGCAUGGUGACCAACGUGGCCGGCAACUCCAACGCCUCGGCCUUCCUCAACGUCAGCACGGCCGAGCUCAACACCUCCAACUACAGCUUCUUCACCACCGUCACGGUGGAGACCACCGAGAUCUCCCCCGAGGACGUGUCCCCCAAGUUCACCAAGCCCGUGCCCACCGCCUCGACGGGCUACCAGCCGGCCUACACCACCACCACCACCGUGCUGGUGCAGACCACGCGCCCGCCCAAGCAGGUGGCCGUGCCCACGGCCGACGCCGGCGACAAGCUGCAGACCAGCCUGGACGAGGUGAUGAAGACCACCAAGAUCAUCAUCGGCUGCUUCGUGGCCGUGACGCUGCUGGCCGCCGCCAUGCUCAUCGUCUUCUACAAGCUCCGCAAGCGGCACCAGCAGCGCAGCACCGUCACCGCCGCCCGCACCGUGGAGAUCAUCCAGGUGGACGAGGACAUCGCUCCGGCCGCCGCGGCCACGCCCGCGGCCGCUCCGGCCGCCGGGGCCGGCGAGGGGGCCGUGGUGCUGCCCAACAUCCACGAGCACCUCAACUACAAUACCUACAAGGCCGGACACGGCGCCCACUGGACAGAGAACGCGCUGGGCAACUCCCUGCACCCCCCCGGGACCACCCUGGCCGACCCCUAUUUAAUCCAGACCCACCCCAAGGAGAAAGUUCAGGAAACCCAGAUAUGA